AUGUCUCAGCCAGUAGGGGGCGUCGCAGGCGCACAGAAGGAGGAAGAGGAGGACGAGGACGACUCCAAGGAGACGUGCGGCUUCUGCAAAUUCAUGAAGGGCGGCGGCUGCCGCUCCGCGUUCGUCGCCUGGAGCAAGUGCGUGGAUCGGGAGCGCGAGGUGGGCAGCGACUUCACUGAGGAGUGCAGAGAGAAGACGCUGGAGCUACGAGAGUGCAUGCUGCGACACGAGGAGUAUUACAAGCCCCUGUUGGAGGAGGAGAUGGAAAUGAUGAACGAGACAGAGGCGGAAGCUGCGGGACCACCAGGCGAUGAGCACCAUGCAAGUGCGAGCACAGCUGCGCAGCAACAAUGA